CCGGAGGGGGGGGGUGCUGCGCAUGCGCGCCGCGCUGCCCGCCCCUCGCCAGCAGCAGCAGGAGGAGGCGGCGGUGGUGAUUCUGGCUGUGGGGAGCGUGAGGCAGUGCGAGCGCCGCUGCCGCCCCCUGUUAUCCGGCAGCCGCAGGUCCGGGCGGAGGAGGCGGGAGCGCCCCGACGGCGGAGGGAGCCAGAGCGGCGGUGGCAGCAGCGGCAGCAGCAGCAGCAGCAGGAGGAGUCUGUGCCCGCCCCCCCCCCCUCCGCUCAGUCCCGUUACAGCCCCCCUCCCUCCGCGCUCCGCUCCGCAGCCACCAACAUGUCGGCGCCGGCGGCCAAAGUCAGUAAGAAGGAGCUGAACUCCAACCACGAUGGGGCCGACGAGACCUCAGAAAAAGAGCAACAGGAAGCAAUUGAACACAUUGAUGAAGUACAGAAUGAAAUAGACAGACUGAAUGAACAAGCCAGUGAGGAAAUUUUGAAAGUAGAACAGAAAUACAACAAACUCCGCCAACCAUUCUUCCAGAAGAGGUCAGAAUUGAUCGCCAAAAUCCCGAAUUUCUGGGUAACAACAUUUGUCAACCACCCACAAGUAUCUGCACUGCUGGGAGAAGAAGAUGAGGAAGCACUGCAUUAUUUGACCAGAGUUGAAGUGACAGAAUUUGAAGACAUCAAAUCAGGUUACAGAAUAGAUUUUUAUUUUGAUGAGAAUCCGUACUUUGAAAAUAAAGUUCUCUCCAAAGAGUUUCACCUCAAUGAAAGCGGAGACCCAUCUUCAAAAUCAACCGAGAUCAAAUGGAAAUCUGGGAAGGACCUGACAAAACGUUCAAGCCAGACACAGAACAAAGCCAGUAGGAAGAGGCAGCAUGAAGAGCCAGAAAGUUUCUUUACCUGGUUCACUGACCACUCUGAUGCAGGGGCUGAUGAACUAGGAGAAGUCAUCAAGGAUGAUAUCUGGCCAAAUCCGCUACAGUACUACUUGGUUCCUGAUAUGGAUGAUGAAGAAGGGGAGGGAGAGGAGGAUGAUGAUGAUGAUGAAGAGGAAGAAGGAUUGGAGGAUAUUGAUGAAGAAGGAGAUGAAGAUGAGGGGGAGGAAGAUGAAGAUGAUGAUGAGGGAGAGGAAGGAGAGGAGGAUGAAGGAGAAGAUGACUAAUUGAACACUGAUGGAUUCCAAACCCCCUUUUUACCUUUUUAAUUUUUCUCCAGUCCCUGGGAGCAAGUUGCUGUCUUUUUUUUCUUGUGCUCAGUCGCCUUGUUCUCUUGAGGUCUCUUUUUCUCUCCUCUACACCAUGGUUCACAAUUUAUUUUGGGGGAAAUAACCUUGAGCAGAAUACAGUGGAAAAGAAUCUACCGGUUUCUGUUUCAAGUUCAUUUUUAUCCCUUUUUGUCUCAAAACAAAAACUGUUUAUGGAAUCAACACACCAUGUUCUGUGGGAAAAAAGAAAACCUUCUGCUCCCUUCACUCUGCUGGAAGCUGAAGAGUGCUAGGCCCCUGUGUAGUAGUGCAUAGAAUCUAGCUUUUUUCCUUCUUUCUCUGUAUAUUGGGCUCAGAGAUUACACUGUGUCUCUAUGUGAAUAUGGACAGUUAGCAUUUACCAACAUGUAUCUGUCUACUUUCUCUUGUUUAAAAAAAAGGAAAAAAAACUUAAAAAAAAUAAAUAAAUAAAAAUGGGGUUAUAGAAGGUCAGCGGGGGUGGGUUUCAGAUGUUUGGGUGGGUUAAGUGGGCAUUUUGACAACAUGGCUUCUUCUCCUUUGGCAUGUUUAAUUGUGAUGUUUAACAAACAUCCUUGCAGUUUAAGAUGACACUUUUAAAAUAAAAUCUUCUCCUAAUGAUGACUUUGAGCCCUGCCACUUGAUGGAGAAUCAGCAGAACCUGUAGGAUCUUAUUUGGAAUUGACAUUCUCUAUUGUAAUUUUGUUCUUGUUUAUUUUUAAAUUCUUUUUUUUUUUUUUUUUUUUUUUUUGUUUCACUGGAAAGGAAAGAAAGAUGCUCAGUUUUAAACGUUAAAGUGUACAAGUUGCUUUGUUACAAUAAAACUAAAUGUGUACACAAA